AUGCUCAAGUCUGUCCCGUUCGUAUUGCCCGUAUGGGCAUCGGCACUGCGUCAGCCGCCGGUGCAAAAGCUGUGCUUGGGUCAUUUUCCAACCCCGAUUCAUUCUUUUUCACCACCAGGUCUCCCCAAGGAUGUGCGUAUGUUCAUCAAGCGCGACGAUUUCAGUGGAAUGGAGACGUCUGGAAACAAGAUCCGCAAGCUCGAGUUUAUUAUGGCUGAUGCUUUAGCACAGAAGGCUGACUGUAUCGUCACGAGUGGUGGUGUUCAGAGCAAUCACUGUAGAGCUACAGCUGCUGUCGCUAGGAUGCUUGAGCUGGACUCGUAUUUACUAUUGCGCACGAAUAAGCCAGACGAGGACCCAGGACUGAUUGGGAACGUGCUGUUUGACCGAAUGUUGGAUGCCAACCUUAUACAAAUGUCUCGUCAAGAAUACGGUAAAUAUGGCAGUGAAGCGAUGAUCAAGCGCACUUGUGAUCGUUUGAGGGAGGAAGGUCGUCGUCCUUAUGGUAUCCCAGUUGGUGGAAGCAAUGGUCUGGGCACGUGGGGAUACGUUCAUGCCAUGAACGAGAUAAACAAACAACUGAAGGAGCACGAGUUACCGAUCACAGACAUUGCUUUUGCUUGUGGAAGCGGAGGAACUGCUGCUGGAAUUGGUGUCGGAUCGUAUCUCUAUGCCAAAGCUCAUCCAGACGCAGCUCUGAACUUCGAUGACAAAAUUCCCGCGCACGCAUAUAUCGUGUGUGAUAAUGACGAGUACUUCCACGACCACAUCGACGGUCAAAUCCUUCCCGCGAUGGGGGCACCAUCCAAGAUCUCGUCACGCCAGUUUCUUCAGAUUACCAACGCCCAAGGCACGGGCUACGCUCGUAGCACCAAGAAGGAGCUCGAGUUCAUCUACAGCGUGAGUCGCAAAACCGGGGUGCUGGUGGAUCCUGUCUACUCGGGCAAGGCGCUUUUCCAUCUCAUUGAAGAGCUGAACAAGUCACCAGAGAAAUUUGUGGGGAAGACCAUCUUGUUCGUGCACACGGGCGGUCAAUUCGGUAUGUAUGACAAGGUGGACAGUCUCAAGGAUAUCAUCCAUCACGACAAAGUAUCUCGAUUUGUGAUGGAGCUACAGACUGCUGGACUGACGCGUACGCUGACGAACGGCCUACGCUUUGCAAGCUCCGUUUCAAUCGACACAGCACCGUAUUACGAUGUGGUGGUGGCUGGUGGAAGCGUCAUGGGGUUUUCAACGGCUUACCACCUCGCCGUUGAAGCUCCCAACUUGAAAAUUGCUGUAGUGGAGAAGGACCCUUGCUACAAGUACGCGUCUGCUAUUCUCUCGGCGGGCGGCAUUCGUCAUCAGUUCUCAGAGACGGAGAACAUUGAGAUGAGUCUCUACGGCACAGAAUUCCUCCGCAACAUCGGCACGAACAUGAAGGUGAACGGACAUGACGCUCCAGAUGUGCAGUUCGUGGAAGGUGGAUACAUGUUCCUGGCAAGCGAGGAAGGUGCGGAUAUCCUGAAAAAGAACUACAUUACACAAAAAGCCACGGGCGCUGACGUGCAGCUGUUGGACCCAGUGGCACUGAAAAAGCGCUUCCCGUGGAUCAACGCAGAAGGUGUCGAGCAAGCCAUCCUGGGUAUGAAGGACCAGGGAUGGUUCGAUCCCUGGGCAUUCCUCAAUGCAAUGAAGCGAAAGAGUGUGUCUCUGGGUGUGGACGUACUGGAAGGCGAGGUCAAGCACUUCGAUCUUGGCGGACAGAACCAGAUUGAAAAGGUGCACAUUGAAGCCAAAAACUCGCCUGAAUGUGAAGACAUGCGUUUUCAUUCGGUUCGUGCUGGUGUCGUGGUGAAUGCUGCGGGAUGUUGGUCGAGCAAGUUGCUAGAGGCUUGCGGUGUCUUUGACUAUCCGAUAAAGCCUCGCAAGCGCUCCGUGUUUGCUUUCCACUGCGACACGGAAGAAGUCUGGAAGGGCGAUGCUGCCACUCCGCUCGUGGUGGAUACCAACGGAGUCUACUUCCGACGUGAAGGUUCAGGUGGUCGCUUUAUCUGUGGCUGGUCACCUGAACCCGAGAAUGACUACGACGGACAGUCUACGGAUGAGCUAGACUUCCCGGACCAUGAGCAUUUCGAGGAGCAGGUUUGGCCGACUAUUGCACACCGCGUCAAGCACUUUGAAGCUAUCAAGGUCUCGGGUGCAUGGGCCGGUUUCUAUGACUACAAUACCCUCGACCAAAAUGCGAUCAUCGAUCUGCACCCUGACGUCCCUAACAUGUACCUCAUCAACGGAUUUAGUGGCCACGGUCUGCAGCAGUCCCCUGCUGCUGGUCGUGCGAUUUCAGAGCUGGUUCUCCACGGAGUUUUUCAGACGAUCGAUUGCUCGCGCUUCAGCUUUAGUCGUGUACGUGCCAACAAGCCAUUCCUAGAGCAGGGAAUCGUGUAG